AUGGCGGCAGGUAUACGCAUGCUUGUUGUAUUCCUCUCACUUCUAGUAUCCCAAUGCUUCUCAAUAUGCUACUACCCGGACGGCUCCGCAGCGUCCCAAGAUACACCUUGCAACGACGAGACAGCUGAAUCGGCAUGCUGUGGACAAGGGUACGCCUGCUUGUCCAACGGUGUCUGCCAGGCCACUGGAGAAGAAUUGCAAAAGGCUGGAGCAUCAAUAUAUGUACGCGGCUCUUGUACAGACUCGAAUUGGCGAAGCUCGUAUUGCCCGAAUUUCUGCGUCAACCCAGAAUAUGACAACGUGGCCGGUGGAGAGGGCAUGGGAAUGUGUGAGGACACAUCCCAGGUCUUAUUCUAUUGUAUCGAUGGGCGAUCGGUCAACUGUACCAGUCAGGAGAAUGUGCUGCUUUUUGUGGAUACUCCAACUGUAUUGACGACCAUCGGCAUUGCGGCCUCUACAUCGACAACCGCUUCAACUUCGAGCACUACGCCGCUGACUACCACCACUCAUUCAUCAUCGAUCCUGUCCACAACGUCAACAAGCACAAGUAGUAUUAUAGGUUCUUCAACAAGCAUCUCACCAACGGACACGAGCGUCUCAGAGAAUACGAGUCAGCCAAGCCAAGCCACCACAAUUGGUGCUGCGGUGGGUGCCUCCAUAGCUGGCAUUGCAGCUGGUGCUGCAGGCUUGUGGUUUUUCCUUCGCGCCCGGAAGAAGCGUAGGCAAGCGAUUGCUGCAGAUCAUACCACGGGUGGACAUAACAAUGACUUUUCGUUGGCCGAAUAUCCAUCACAGGGGUAUUGGGAUCCUACUCAGAUAAAAGGCACGCAGAAUCACCCAAGUCACCAGAGCCACCCCAGUCACCAGAGUCAACAGAGUUACCAGACCUCUGAACUGGACUCGGUUCAUCGCAAUUACCAGACUUCCGAACUGGAUCCCACUGCCGUUGUGCAGUCGGUGCACGAGCUACCAGCUUGGGGGAGGGAAAGCCGAUAUUAA